AUGCAUAAGAGCAAAGUCGUAAAUACAAAACGUGAACGUCGUUCGUCAAAUAAUAAAAAUCAGAACAAUAAUAUAUCCAAGCAACCACAAACAGAAUCAUAUUCUACAAUCGGUGCUUUAGUUACCGGUCUAACAAGUACACAAGCCAAUAUGUCUAAUGAUACAAAUCAAUCUGAUACAUUAAUUAUAAAGCCAACAUCUAUUGAAAUAAAUAAUCAAACAAAUGGAGUUCUACAUGAAAAUAUAAAUCAUUCACCAUCGAAAUCUCUUAAACUUAAAAUAGGUAAUGAAAAUGAACAUGAGAAUCUAUUAACGACAAAUGGAUAUCAUAAUGUUCAAACAAAUUCAAAUGAUCAUAUCUAUGAAACACCAUCAAAUAUAGAUAAUAAUCUUCUAUUAUCAUUAGAAACACCAACGAUUUCAUCAUCAGAUGAACCAGGUAAUAAAUCUAUUCAAAAUAGCCAUUUAACAUCCAUAAAUUCUUAUAAAGAACAUCAUACAAAUAAUGACCUUGACAAUGGUUUAGUAUCUGAAAUGACAAAUCCUACUACUAAUAAUGGUAUUGAACUAGAAAAAGUUAAUCUUGAUGAUGCAUUAAAUUCAACAAAUACUAUAACAUCAUCAUCAAUAUUAUCAGCUGCACGUCUUCUUGAAAUAAAUCAACCACGUGAACCAAGUCCAACAAGUGGUGUUAUUAUACCUGAGGAAAAACGUGUUACUGACCGUGUUAAAGUCUUUGAAGCUGUUGCUAAUAAUGAUCAAUCAAUACAUAAAAAACAAACAAUGAAAAAUGGUAAUCAAAAAAAAACUUCAUCAUCAACAAAUUUUUCAAUAAAUGAUAUUAAACAAAAUAAUAAACGUGAACAACAAAUAUCUCCAUCAUCAUCAUCAACAACAGAAAGUCUUGAUAUUCAAUCAACAAAUGAUUUGAAAUCAUUAUCAAUAACAACAAAAAACAAAUCCAAACGUCCAUCAUUAAAAAAACAAAUACAAAAUUUACUUAAAAUAGAUAAAACAUCAGUACAAGAUGAUUCAGUAAUCAUCGAAGAACAAUUAUCAAUAUCAAAUCCUAAUAAAAAAUCUAAUACACUUAAUUCUACACGUAAUAAUAAACGAGAUAAUGAUUUAUCAACAACCCUAAAACGUUCAUCACCAUCAUCAUCUCAACAACAUAGUCCAACAAAUGUUAAUGAUACAUUUAAAAAACGUUCAUCACCACCAUUAACAACAACAACAACAAAACGUAUAUCGCCAAGAGAAUCACCAACAAAAAGUCAACAAAAUUCUCCUAUACCAAAUGUUACAGAAUUUAAUAUGAAACCUAUUGCUGUUGAACCUCUUCAAAUAAAUAUUGAAUCAAAUUUAACUAAAAAAAAGACUCCAUCACCAACAAAUAAAAUUUCAACAAACGGUUUAUUAACAAGUGAAAUUGAACAACGUCGAAGUUCGACAGGUGUAUCGAAAUUAAUUCAUACAUUUCAAGGUAAUUCAUCUCAUGAACUUGAACAAACAGUUCUUGUACCACGUUUACGAAGUCCUGCUCAAUCAAUAAAUUAUUCAGAAAGUGCAAAGAAGGGAGUUGGUGGUAAUAAUAAUAAUAAUGAUGAUGAUGAUAAUGAAGAUGAUGAUGAUGGUGGUGACGAUAUUGCGUAA